GAUGCCAGCGACCACUGCCAGCAUCAAUCGUGAGGAAGUGACGUUCUGACAGCGCACUGUCCACGUAGCGUUUUGAGUACUCGCGCAUUGCGCAGGGCAUCGAAGCAAAGCAUUCAUUAAAAGCGACGUUUCGCGUUUCGUGCGGUGUGCUCGUGUGUAACGCGUGACUCUCUCAAUCGCUAUGGAUCAAAUCAAGAAGCUCACUGAACCUGGCCGUCAGUUUGCUAAGGAUAGCAUCCGGCUUGUUAAAAGAUGCACCAAGCCAGAUCGUAAAGAAUUUCAGAAGAUCGCUAUUGCUACUGCAAUUGGUUUCUGUAUAAUGGGCUUCAUAGGAUUCUUUGUUAAAUUAAUCCAUAUUCCAAUCAACAAUAUCAUUGUAGGCUCAUAAAAUUAAUCCCUGAAAAUUUUCAUCAAUAUUCUUAAGGAAAUAAUUGAUAAGGUUUCGAUAAGACUAUUUCUGUUGUUGCAUGUCCUUCUUGCUCUUAUUUAUAAAAAUGUAUCUGCUGUACUGAAUUGAGUUUGCGAGUGAGAUAGAUGAGAGAGACGUGUGUAUAAUAUGAGUUUUAUAAUAAAAUAGUUAUCUAAAAGAUCGGAUAUUUUUUUACUAAUUAUGCAUUCUAUAAAAAAUAAAGGUUUUUAAAAAA